UUAUUUUCUUAUGGCUCGAAACUAAACAUCCUCAAAAAAAACUCACACACGCGCAUCUAAAUAUAACACCAACAUUGCUAUAAUUACUAAUAAUUACUAUCACGUCCUUUCAAUUGUAAACUUAUCUUAACUGAAUUAAAGUCAACAAAAAAAAUAAAAUCUGGAUGAAUCUUCUAUAGAAUUUGUUUUUUGGGUCUAGUGUUAAGUAUCUAUUAGUGGCAUUAAUUUAUCACAAAGGGCAUCGGCUUUGCUACACAUGGCUGUGUUUCAUGUAUUUGUUCUUUUUAUAUGCUAAGAUUCUACUUUUUUCUUUUUAGUAUGCUACUUGAUUAAGUUCCAUUUCUCUAUAAAUUGAAGUGCGAGUUGCAUUUUCAACACAUAUCUUCAAAUAACUCUCAUUGAGUCAUACCAUUAAUAAGUACGAUAAAAGAUGGAUUCAAGAUUCAACGAUACCGUUCAUUCCUUGAGGUAUACUGAUGAAAAGAGUGACGAUGAGUAUGCAUUUGUGAAAGCUUUACGUAUGAGUGGUGGAGUUGGAGCCAACAGUUACUCCGCCAAUUCUCUACUUCAGAGAAGAGUUUUAUCAAUGGCCAAACCAGUCUUGGUAGGAAACACAGAAGAAAUGAUGAUGAAUUUAAACUUCCCUAACUAUAUCAAAGUUGCUGAAUUGGGUUGUUCCUCGGGGCAAAACACGUUUUUGGCUAUCUCUGAGAUCAUCAACACCAUCAAUGUGUUGUGCCAAAACUCGAAUCAAAACCCUCCAGAAAUCGACUGUUGUCUCAAUGAUCUUCCAGAAAACGAUUUCAACACAACGUUCAAGUUCGUGCCCUUCUUCAACAAGGAGAUCAUGAUGACAAACCAAGCAUCGUGUUUCGUCUAUGGAGCACCAGGUUCCUUUUACUCUAGGCUCUUUGAUAUCUUGUGAAUUUACAUGUUUUUAACUUCUUAUUCUUGCAUGGUUUGGUCAUUUAGAGCAUCAUUUAGACACAUUUAGGUUGCAUAUCAUUGCAUUUGUACAUAUCAGGUGUUGGAGAGCACCAUGGAUGAGUUAGAGGACCAUUGGAGGGAUUUUGAGUCCAAAGAAUGAAGAUGAGUCGUUGAAGGCUCCUAGCGGCCAGGCGUAGCGGCAAAAGAUGGUCGCUACAGAAGAUAGUGCUGAGGCGUAUCAUGAGGUCGCUAUGCGUUCAGGACUUCAAGCGCCUUCUACAGCGGCCAGCCAUAGCGACUUCAUGAGGUCGCUAUGAGUUCAAGAAUGCAAAAAAUCGUCUAAGUAUCCUAGCGGCCACACGUAGCGGGCAUGACAAGUCGCUACAGACCGUAGUGACCUCUGGUAGCGACCUUUUCUGGUCACUACGGAGAAAAAUAUCUAUGUUUUUGUGGGUUAACCCAGGUUUGUUGGGUUAACCCAGCUCGUUUUUAGACAUCUAUAAACACCUUUAAGACCUAAUCUGAGGAAGAAUCUGAUUUUUCUCUCAAGAACUUGCCUCCCUUUGUAAAAAAAGCUUGAAUCUUUAUAUCAUAAUCUAAGGAAGUUCUUCAUAUUAUAUCUUGUUUCUCUUUCUCAUAAACAUGAUGAGGCUUGAAUCCAUCAUGGGUUUGAGCUUUCUCAUGGAGUUUAGAGAGUAGACACUCCUUGGAUUCAUGGGUUAGGGAGAUUAGAGUAACUUAGUGAAGAUCUAUGGUGUUAUUGUAUUAGAUCCUUGUAUAAACUUGCUUGUUGAGUAUUUUUAAUGCUUGUUUAGUCUUGAUCACUCUAAACCUGAUUUCUAAACACUUCUCAUCAGACAUGAUUAGAUG